AUCCGGGGAUCUGCAUAUUUUCAGAAGACAGAAAAACAGGGAAAAUUGUCGAGAAUCUUACAAUUUCUAUGAAUAUUUAGCAGUGAAAUAAAGAUGAGUGAACAAUUGAAGUUCAUUGUCCAGGAAUUGGCCAAGGAGCCAUUCAGCAAGACCUAUAACUUGAUAUCAUUUGAUUCCUUAGAGCCUUUACAACUUCUCCAAGUUUUGACCGAUGUUUUGGGUGUUAUUGAUCCAAAGCAAAAAGUUGAUAUCCGUGAAGAAUCAGCCGAUCAGACUGCAGUUAGAAUGUUUAACACCUUGAGGAUCCUUAAGUACAAACCCCCAACAGAUGAUGUACAAUCAUUCCGAAGUGGCUUAGUACAGGGAGACAAGUUAGUUAUUUAUCCCAUCCUCGAAUGGUUGUUAAAGCGAAUACCAGAUCUCAAGAAAAGAGCUUACCUGGCUAGGUUUUUGGUGAAGGUCGAUGUUCCCCCAGAAAUCAUGGCAGAGGAUCCCAUUCCUGAUCUCUUUGCACAGUAUGAGGAGGCUAUGGAACAAUUCAAAGAACUGCACAAAGAGGCAGAGGGUCUGAAGAACUCUGGAUAUAACACAGGAGAAAUCAAAAAGGACAUUACCAACAUGGAGGACGAGAAAGAACAGCUGAUAAAGCGUGUAGAAAGACUGAAAAGAAAGGUGGAGUCUCAUCCUAAUUCCACCACUAUGAUGAACGUGGCGAGGAAUUUGAGACUUGAACGAGACAAAGAGAAGAAGUUAGCUGAACAAAGACAGGAACAGUCUACACUGAUUCAACAUGAAGAUCAGAAAAUCAGGAGAUUGCAGUCACAGUUACACGACACCAGACAAGCAGCUGUAGGAGCCAACCCAGCAGUGAUGCUGCAGAGACUGGAAGAGGAAACACACACCAACAAAUACAUAGUGACAGAAAAAAUGCCCAAAGAGAUAGCACAACAGAAGAAAAUUCUUCUUAAUCUUCAGAAAGUGGUAGCUGAACCUGCCAUGGGACAGUCUGAUUUAGACAAACUGCAUGACCAGAUAGCAGACUUGACGGAGGAGAUAAAACAACUUGUUGAGAAGAAGCUAAGGACUGAGGACCCAACUGACAACAAAUCGGCACUAUUCAAGCAGCAGGCUGCAAUUAUAGCUAGUAAGAAAGAAGGGGCUUUGAGGGAUUUCAGAGAUGUGCGUGAUUCGUAUCACAAAAUGUCCAUGGAGUUGGAGCAGAAGCGAGAGGCCGCAAAGGAAGCUGGGGGCGGGGAAGUGCUGAAGGGAGAGGAUUUUAAAAGAUAUGUAAACAAACUGAGAAGUAAGAGCACUAUCUACAAGAAGAAGAGACAGGAGAUAGCUGAGAUCAGGGCCGAGUUUGGAGUUCUGUCUCGCACUGAGCAGAUUUUACGUCAGAGAGAUGAAUUUAUAACCAGGAGUCUGGAAGCUGUUGAGAAUAAGAAAGGUGUGACAGGAUACCGCCAGACCCAGGAAGAAUUGGAGAAGGUGUCCGCUGUUAAAAGUGAACUAGACGAGAGAAAAGGGAAGACACUGGAAGAUAUAUCUGAGAUGGUUCAGCGACUGACCAGGACGAUUGCUAACAAGAAGAAUUCCUUGGCUCCAAUUAUUAAAGAACUAAGGCCAAUGAGACAAAGAGCUCAGGAGUUGACAAACCAACACACAGAGAAGAAGCAGGCCUAUGACACUGCUGCUGCUGGUCUAGAGAGUAACAUGGCUAAACUGGAACAGGAGGUUCGGGCGUAUCAGGAGGAGUGUUCUCAGGAGGAAUCUCGCUACCACUACCUUCACUGCAUGAUGCAUAUGGUGGAGGUACAGCAAAGGAAGGUGGCAGAGGAGAUGAAGACCUACACCUCGGCUGAUCCCUACGCUCGGAAAAAGACCUACAGAGAGCUGUACCAGAGGAAGAUCCAGGAACAGGAGAACCUGGGUAAGGGCCUGAGGGAGCAGCAGAAGACGGUCAGGGAGAAUCACGGCCCCAGCCUCAGGCAGAUGAAGAUGUGGAAGGAUGUAGAGAGACUGCUGGAGUGUAAGAGGCACUGCUUCGAGUUGUCCGGGAGUUUUGGAGGAGGAAUGGGAGGGGGUGUCUAUGGAGAGCAGCCCCCAGCUGUUUUGGAGGAGGAUCGCCUUGUCAUGUGAAGGACUUAUUCUUAGAGAACACAAGAGAAUUAAUUGAUCUGAAGUAGAUGACAUUAUUUUGUGUUAUUUCAUCUGUACAGCUUUUGUACAAAUACUUUGAAUGAUCUGAAUGUAACAUAUCAUAUUGGACAUUGUUUGGUUUUAUGUGAUCUGAAAACAUUCCGUCCAUUUUCUUUGAAAUAAAGGAAUAGAAGUCUCAA